CUUCUGCGUUUAUUACCUGACUGAAUGGACUUUUGAAAAAAAUAUUUUUUCUUCCAAUCAGAGGUACAAGGAUGUUUCCACUCUUCGCGGAACGUGCGCGCGGACCGCAGAGCAGCCACUGACUGACCUUUUUUUUUUUUACGCGCGGGGGACUGAUCGCUUCAACUCGUUUUGUUUUCGUGUUCACGUGGAUGAACUUUACAAUACAUUUUUAAUGAUUCGGGAUCUGAGCAAGAUGUACCCCCCGGCACGGCAUCCGGUCCCCCACCAGCCGGGACAGCCGUUCAAGUUCACGGUCACCGAGUCCUGCGACCGGAUCAAGGAGGAGUUUCAGUUCCUGCAAGCCCAGUAUCACAGCCUGAAACUGGAAUGUGAGAAACUGGCCAGCGAGAAAACAGAGAUGCAGAGACACUAUGUGAUGUACUACGAAAUGUCAUACGGACUGAACAUCGAGAUGCACAAGCAGGCGGAGAUCGUCAAAAGGCUGAACGCAAUCUGCGCCCAAGUCAUCCCUUUCCUCUCUCAGGAGCAUCAGCAGCAGGUGGUGCAGGCCGUGGAGAGGGCGAAGCAGGUCACCAUGGCUGAGCUCAACGCCAUCAUAGGACAGCAGCUUCAGGCUCAGCACCUGUCCCACGGCCACGCCAUCCCCGUCCCGCUCACGCCCCAUCCGGCAGGCCUGCAGCCCCCUCUGCCCCCCGGGGCCAGUACUGCCAGCCUGCUGGCCCUGUCCUCUGCCCUGAGCCACCAGCUGCCCCUGAAAGACGAGAGGAAGCACCACGAGAACAACAGUGAACACCCGAGAGACAGAGACUCAGUCAAGAGCUCCUCCGUGUCUCCAUCGGCAAGUUUCCGGGCGGGAGAAAAGCACCGCAGUUCAAGCGAUUACUCGUCCGACAGCAAGAAGCAGAAGACGGAGGAUAAGGAGCUGACAUCCACACGCUAUGAAAGUGAUGCAGAGAAGAGCGACGACAACUUAGUGGUCGACGUCUCCAACGAGGAUCCGGCGUCCCCUCGAGGAAGUCCCGCCCACUCGCCUCGGGAGAACGGGUUGGACAAAAGUCGACUGUUGAAGAAAGACGCUCCCCUGAGCCCUUCCUCCGUCGCCUCCUCCAGCAGCACACCUUCCUCCAAGUCCAAAGAGAUUAAUCUGAAUGAGAAGUCCACAACUCCUGUGUCCAAGUCCAGCACCCCCACAUCUCGCUCCGAAGCCCCCACCCCCAGCAGCACCUCCACCCCGGGCCUGAGGUCGGCGCCCAGCAAGCCUGCGGGCGUCGAGACGCUGGCUUCUGGCCUCCGCACGCCGCUGGCCGUGCCGUGCUCCUACCCCGGCCCGUUCGGCAUGGUUCCUCACCCGGGUAUGAACGGCGAGCUGAGCGGAGCCGGAGCGGCGUACACCGGCCUGCAUAACAUCUCCCCGCAGAUGAGUGCUGUGGCCGCCGCUGCCGUGGCGGCCUACGGGCGCACGCAAGUGGUGGGAUUCGAUCCUCACCAUCACAUACGUGUCCCUGGCCUCCCUCCCAACCUGUCCGGCAUUCCUGGUGGAAAACCGGCCUAUUCCUUUCAUGUGAGCGCUGAUGGACAGAUGCAGCCGGUGCCUUUCCCCCCCGACGCGCUGAUCGGCCCCGGCAUCCCGCGCCACGCUCGACAGAUCAAUACGCUCAGCCACGGGGAGGUGGUGUGCGCCGUUACCAUCAGUAACCCGACUCGCCAUGUUUACACUGGCGGCAAAGGCUGCGUCAAAGUGUGGGACAUCAGUCAUCCCGGCAACAAGACCCCGGUCUCCCAGCUGGACUGUCUGAACAGAGAUAACUACAUCCGCUCCUGCCGGCUGCUUCCGGACGGACGGACUCUCAUCGUCGGGGGCGAGGCCAGCACUUUGUCCAUCUGGGAUUUGGCCACACCGACGCCUCGCAUCAAAGCGGAGCUGACCUCCUCUGCACCGGCAUGUUACGCUCUGGCCAUCAGCCCCGACUCCAAAGUCUGUUUCUCCUGCUGCUCCGACGGCAACAUCGCCGUCUGGGACCUUCACAACCAGACCCUGGUUAGGCAGUUUCAGGGCCACACGGACGGAGCCAGCUGCAUAGACAUCUCUAAUGACGGCACCAAGCUGUGGACCGGAGGUCUGGACAACACGGUCCGGUCUUGGGACCUGAGAGAGGGACGGCAGCUCCAGCAGCACGACUUCACCUCCCAGAUCUUCUCGCUUGGAUACUGUCCAACGGGGGAAUGGCUGGCAGUGGGAAUGGAGAACAGCAACGUGGAGGUGCUGCACGUCACCAAACCUGACAAGUACCAGCUCCAUCUGCAUGAGAGCUGCGUGCUGUCGCUCAGAUUUGCUCACUGCGGAAAGUGGUUUGUGAGCACAGGAAAGGACAAUCUGCUCAACGCGUGGAGAACUCCAUACGGAGCCAGCAUUUUCCAGUCAAAGGAGUCAUCCUCAGUGCUCAGCUGCGACAUCUCCAUAGACGAUAAGUACAUCGUGACGGGCUCAGGAGACAAAAAAGCAACCGUCUACGAGGUCAUCUACUAGGAGAGCGAGAGCCGUGGUCAUUGAAGUACAAAGUCGUCCUUCCCUCCGAGCCUGAGGUCUCCAUCAGCUGCCUGUAUAAAAUCAAUUUGAAUGGAACAAACCAAACUCUUUCUUGGACCGGGACUUGUCGACUCCUCAGCUGGUUGUGGAUCAAAAC